AGGCGGCAGCGCCGCUGGAGGUGGCUGGGGCCUCGACUGGUUGCCUCCAGGUGUCCAGUUUGUGCCACACGGUGGCAGCCAGGUUGGCGCGCGAGGACAUCGCGAUCCCCCUCCGACCUUUGAGAUUGUGGAGCUGACCGGCACCACCGUCACCACCACCACCACCACCACGCCGGAGCACGACUGCGAGGGCGGCUCGCCGAGCUGGCACCAGUGGUCGUCCGCGAAGAGGGCGGCGUGCUGCCCGAGGGUGCAGGGCGGCUGCCGGGACGAGGAGAGCAGCACCACCACGACGGAGCCGUCGGGGAGCUCGGCCCAGAGAGUGCGCCUGGCGC